AUGACCGCUCUUUUCACGAGCAUUGUCAUUGCUUUCGAUCCUUCGACUUUCACCACCAGCGACCCUAAGCCAUGGGGCUUCUUCGUCAACAACACCAUCUAUAAGCCAACUGGCAAUGAGUCCGUGACGUACCCCCGCUACACCGAAGUGGAGGAUGGGACUCUCAUUGCGACUACAUGGCUAAGGGGUCCCGCACCUGGUUACCAGCCCAUCUUUGAGUCAAAGGAUGGCGGUGCUACGUGGAAGCACAUUUCCAAUUUGAACAGCAUCGAUGGUUUGGGCAUAAAUAACCAUCCUGCCCUGACGGUAUUGACGGAGGCCAUGGGGGGUUAUGCGGCUGGCACUAUUUUGACUAGCGGCAACGUUUGGGGUACAAACUUCACCAGAAUUGACCUUUACGCUAGCAAAGACACGGGAAGGACUUGGGAGUUUUACUCGGAUGAACGUGACCUCAAUCACAACCAAAAGCUUUCUCACCAAGCAUCUUCCGAUCUGAAGACGUGGGGCCCUGUCGUUAACGACGUAGCUUACGAUGAAGUCAUUGACGGUAGUGGUAUGACGGUCGUGGCCUAUGUCCCACCCAUCAAGAACAAUUACCCCGUCUACUACGUUCUGGCCGACUCUCCUGUUGAAUUUGGCAAGAACGUUGGCCAGCCUAUUGUCAUUGAUGGUCGUGCGCCUGCGGCUAGCCCGUAUGUGGUCUGGAGCUCUCAUGGAGGCCCCAAUGACACCAUUGUGGUCUCUGAUGCGUCGAACCGCCAGGUGUUCACCAAUACACACGGCGGUGCUGCGGACAGAUGGGAGAAGCAUGCUACGCCUGCUGGAGUGACGUAUUCGCGUGCUAUUCAGAUCUUGAAGAAUAGGCCGGAGCACUUGGUAGUUUACGGCGGAGAAAAAUAUACUGAUUUCAUCCAGGGAACUGGCGUCCCGUUUUCGGUGACUAGUCAAUCUGACAGAGGUGUUGAGCGCGCCUGUGUCGUAGACAUUGGAGAGGCGAUGAGUGUGGAUGACAAGAGCGACAAACUUGGCCUAUCCAUGUAA